AUGUCCUCCCACGAUUUCGAACUCGAUAUCGACCAGAAAGAUGUACUGGUGGGUGUUCUCGAAAGCAUCCUCCUCCUCCAAAGCGAACCUCACUACCAUUACAUAACGGGUUUUGCCGGUACUGGUAAAACGCAUGUGGCAAAAGCGAUAAUUGCUAACGCUCGCGAUUGCAAGAAAUGCCCAAUAGUAUUAUCUUGGAAUGGGAUGGCUGCGAGGGUUCUAGGAGGUGAUACAUUUAUGAGCUACUUCAGACUUGAAUAUGAGAGAUCCGGCAAAGUAGGCGACAACGCCUUCAUGAGAUGCCCUCGAGAACUAGCGACUCGAAUAUUGGGUAACCUCUCAGCUGCUAAGCGCAGGGAGCUCUUGUCUGACGAGGCCUUUCUCAUAGUGGACGAGGUGGGGAUAGUCCACGAUACUAUCCUAGAUGGCUUAUCGCAAGCUUUGAAGACCCUAAGGAAAGGAAAAUUGCAUGGAGAUCGACCUUUCGGAGGAAUUGUCACCGUUCUCAUAGGAGAUCCAUGUCAGCUUGGAACUACCGGUCUAUUCGAGGGAUCGUCAGACUUCCCACCACAGGAGUUCCCGACUGCUCCUUUUUGGAAGAGUACGGUAUGGCAGGAAAUGAACCCUGAAAUAGCAUACCUUACGAAAUUUCACAGGGGAGAAUCAGAUGAUGAUUACUUACAGCUCCUGUCCGAGAUUCGCUGCGCCGAAGAGAUCAUUCCUGGCGUACCGCAGUUCAGCCAGAAAGCUCUCCAAGUACUGCAGGAUAUUCGGGAUCGGGAUGCUGGAUCUAACCCACCUAGAUUCAAUCACACUAUCAUAUGUCUGACUAAUGCCGAGGCCGACAAGUACAACGAGACACAUUUAGAUACCUUACUGGGUGGUGCCUAUAACUUCAAGUCUAUCGAUCACUUCAGCCAACAGGCAGCGAACGUGAAAGAUAUCGAUAUGCAAGCCAUAGCGAAGAUGGGAUAUAGGCCAGUCGUUAAGCUGAAGAAAGGAUGCAAAGUGAUGGCCACUGUAAACGACCCAAUGAAGCGCUUUGUCAAUGGUCUUACCGGUCAAGUUGUUGGUGUACGAGAUGCUGCGGGGUCAGAACCAGUUGUCGUUGUCAAGUUCGAUGGCAACACAAAUGAAGUGGAGCCGAAGGCAGUUCCCAUUAAUGAUAAGCUAUGCCCUAACAUGCCAUAA